AUGGGCCAAAACCGAACGAUAUCUCGCUUCCUCGUGGCAAACGGCGUGAACGGGGUAGUGGUGCGGGGGAUCCGACUGCAUAGCAUGAUUGUCCCGGUGCACAAGGAGAUAGGGGAGUCCGCGGUCCUGCAGUGCGACUACGACCUCGCCGGCGACACCCUCUAUUCCGUGAAAUGGUAUAAAGGGAAGGACGAGAUCUUCCGAUAUGUGCCCUGGGGCGACCGCACCAAGCAGGCCUUCCCCAUAUCUGGGGUUCACGUUGAUGUCAAUCGGUCGAAUGCAAAUCAGUUAGUAUUGAAUUCCCUGAAUUUCGAUUCGUCGGGGAAAUAUCGAUGUGAGGUCUCGGGAGAGGCUCCUGCAUUCGAUACCGACAGUGCCUUUCGGGAGAUGAGCGUCAUCUCGGUGCCGAAAAGUCCACCCAAGAUCACCGGUGGUCUAAAGAGGUAUCGCCCAGGUGAUCGAUUACACGUGAACUGCACAUCAGACGCGUCCAAACCUGCCGCUUCACUCAACUGGUUCAUCAACGACGAACCUGUCCGAGAUGAAUAUUUGAUCGAAUAUCCCCCCCGGGUCCGACCCACGGACGGACUGGAAGUGUCAGUCCUCGGCCUCAACUUCACCGUGAGGAAGCAUCACUUCACGGACAGGCAACUUCACAUGAAAUGCACGGCGGCCGUGGCCACCGUCUAUUGGCAAAGCGGAGAGGACACUUAUCUCGAUGACACUCAUGUCGCCAGGGUCAUUGGGAACACUCCUCACAAAGAGCAGAGGUUCUCGAGCAGGAAAAAGACCGAUUUUAUCGGCAUCAUGGACUUCUCUCUCGAUCUCUCCCCCGAAGGCUGGGAAUCUGAUGGUCCACGCAACUUCGAUCCAGGUGAUAAGUGA